UGAGAGAAGAGCAUCAUGGCGGAGGAUGUGUCUGUGUCAGAGGAGACUUUAACAAGUGCUCUCACUCUGUUGGUCAACCUGGGUAAAGUCCUUCUACAGACAGGCCAAGCAGGAGACUCCCUGGAGAGGUUUGUCCCACAUAAGAUCUCCACUUUAUAUGGCCUGAUCACAGCCGGCGCAGACUUCUACAAAAGCCUCGGCGUGAAGAAGCAGAGUGAAGCGGAGGACAUUUGGCAGAAGUCAUAUCACCAUGCAGCGGUGAGAGAUCAGGUGACGGAAUUUCUGCAGCUGGAGAGGGACUGGGACUCCUUCCUGGAGAGCGUGGACAGAGGUCUGCAGACGACAGACGGACAGCUGUCAGGAGGACAGAUCGCAGGCAGCCUGAGCCCUGAUACUGCGUUCACUGAUGGACGCAGUGGAAAGAGCGUGACUCUGGGUCAGUACCUGGGUCGGGGGCAGAAGCCGCUGCUUGUCCUCAUCAGACACUACGGAUGACUGCCGUGACGAGACCACGUGGCCGAGCUAAAGUCCAACCAGGCGGUCCUGGAGGCUCGGUCAGUGCAGGUCUUGGUGGUAGCGUUCGGCGGUGUGGAGGGAGCUCAGGUGUGGCGGGAGCAGACUGGAUGUACCUUCGACAUGCUGCUGGAUCCACAGAGAAAGGUAUACAGGAGUUUUGGCCUCGGCUCGUCUUACUCCAAGGUGUUGAAGUUCAGCUGCCUGCUGCGGUACUCGGAGUACGGAGCUGUGGACAGAGACUUCCCCGACGUCCCCGCUCGCCUGCUGGAAGACAUCUACCAGAUGGGAGGUGACUUCCUGCUGGAUGAAGCAGGGAAUGUCCUUCUUUCUCACCGGUCUAAAAUCCCGAUGGACAGGCCGACUGUGAAGGCCAUCCUUGCAGGCCGUGGACACUUGAUCCGUGAACAUUGGAGACACUGAGCCUGGGGGGGUGAUCGCGGGGGGGGCACAUCACUGACACCGCAGUAGAAGAGCAGCUCUUUGAGUCACGUUUAUGACGUCACGUCUCGCUCUCAUGACACCAUGAAGAAAUGUGGCCGAUGCAGAACUGUGAAGCGAAGACAACUGAUCUCCUCUGUUGUGUCAGUGUUGUGAUGGUGCGGCUGGAUCACGGUGUAAUUCAAUAUAAAGUUAAUUCUAUGUUCAUUUCUUUAGCAAUAUUACUGUAAUCUGUAAUGUCAGACAGUUUGGCAUUUAUUAAGGUAUGUCUUUAAUUGGAUUUGUGUGCCAUUGAGAGAUAAACGUUUUAAUUUUGGAAGGGACAAGAUUGCUGUUCUACAAAUGUGAUCUGUUAUAUGUAUAAAUAAAAUGAGAUUUCUGAUGA